UCUCAGUCCUGCCCUCCUCCAUCGUCUCUCUCAUUCCCUUCUCUCCAUCAUCCGGAUCAUCAUCAUCAUCAUCAUCACAUUUUUCCUAUCGUCUUUUCCUAGGUCUUUUCCACCUUGGUCAUAUCUCUCAAGUCUACUCUUCACUUCUUCCUCUUGGUACCUCACCGUCUUUGACCGCCUCAAACCACCACAACACGCACAACUACCACAACAAAAGAACCACAAAGAUGCAGCUCAUCAACCUCGCCAAGCUCGUGGCCCUGGUCGCCAUCGCUACCCCCUUGGUCGCCCACCCCACCGACCGCUCGGCGCUUGAGGUCCGCACCACCACCGGCAUCAGGCCGUUCCCGGUCACCAUCAAUGCCAUCAAGCGCGAUGAGGUCGCCCAGGCCAUCGAGCCGAUCCGCAUCGACCUGCAGCAGCCCGCCCGGCGCAGCAGCGACUUCAUGCUCGCGCCGCGCAUGGACCCCUUCAGCAUCGCCGCCCUCACCACCACGGGCUUCAAGGUCCUCGGCAGCCUCGCCAAAGGCGUCAAGGGAUGGAUCAGCGAGUACAAGGCCAAGAAGGCCGGCAAGAAGACCGAGAGUGAAGACACCGACGAGCCUGCCAGCAGCGACGAGAGCGCUAGCGACGCCUCGGCCGACGAUGAGAGCAGCAGCUCCAGCUCCGGCGGUGACGAGAGCGCCAGCGAGUCUUCGGCCAGCGAGUCUUCAGCCAGCGACGAGAGCAGCGACGAGAGCGCCAGCGAGUCUUCAGCCAGCGACGAGAGCAGCGACGAGAGCAGCGACGAGACCUCGGCCAGCGACAAGCACAAGAAGCGCACCGUCGUCGUCAAGCGCGCUGCUGUCUGGUCCGCUUAAGUCCAGCUCUUGCUUACUCAAAGGCCUGGUUGAUCUUGAGCCCUCCCUUUUUAUGUCUUGAUAUGUGCGAUGUUUUUGUGUGUAAUUUUGUGUAUUUUCUAUUUUAAAAUAGUUAGUUGUUCGCGUCUAGUUGGCCAGGGUGCCUCGCGGUUUUGGUUUUCAAUUUUUAGUUCUAGUUAUCUUCAAACCUUCGAUCCUACAUUCCUUUAUGACCUGCUGUGAUUUGGCCGUCGGGCCUGAAAUCGGAAAAUAGUGACAAGUUGAUGGCCAUGGACG